AUGGGUGCUGAGUAUCGAGACGAUUGGACAUCGGACUACACCCUUCUUGUUUGUGCAUUUGUCAACACCCCCAAGUUUCGACAAGUUCAGGCGGAUAAUGGAACCAUUGUCUCAAAGGCUGUUGUUCAUGGGUUCAGUUUGUUCUAUACUCAUUUUAGAAUGGAAGAAGAUGGUUUCUUGAGCAACAUCCUUCUCGAAGGACAUGGGGCUCCUGUUGCUGCCGUGAACGAGGUUGAUGACAUUCCAGAGAGCCAAGACAGUCCUAGUAGUGUUGAAGUAGUGCAGCCAAGCCGAAGCACGAAGGGAGGAAAGAGGUCCAAAAAUUUUACUCCCGAAGAGGAUGAAAUUGUUUGCUUUGGAUGGUUGGCUAUUAGCAAGGAUCCCAUUAACGGGGCGAAUCAAUCUCGUACUACAUUUUGGGGCAAAGUUCAUGCUUAUUUCGAGGAACACAACAAAUCUAAAGUUCCUCGUUCAGAGAGUUCCAUUAUGCAUCGGUUUCUGGUAAUUCAAACUAGUGUGAACAAGUUUUGUUCACACUAUGAUCAAAUUCUACGUAGGAAUCAAAGUGGCACAACUAUGCAAGAUAAGCUUAAUGAAGCAAAAAAGGUCUACAAAAACUUAGACAGGGACAACAAAUCUUUUGUUUUUGAGCAUUGCUGGGACAUACUCAAGGAGGAGGACAAGUGGAAAUCCAAGAUGGUAGAAAUUGCAGAGGUUGAGAAACUAGCAAAAAGCAAGAAGCAAAAGAAGGCCGGAAAGGUGUCAAGGCCAAGGGAUGAAGGAGCCUUAAAUAAUGACAAUGGCAUACCUCUUGAAGCUGAAGAAACCGAACCAAGGAAGAGGUCCGAUGGGAUAAAGAAGGUAAAAGCAAAUCUUAAGCGAGGAGGUGGUGAAGCUUGCAUGGAAGCAUUGGACAAGAUGUGGUCGAAGAAGGAGGUUUUCGAGAAGGAAAAGGAGAAGGCCAAAGAGGACAGGUUCAUGGCUACACUAGAGAUAGAGAAGGCUACACUAGAGCUAGAGAAGAAGAGGGUUGCUCAAUUGGAGGUUGCACACGGCUUGAGGCUUUCUUCAGCUGAUAGCAAAUGUCGCCUCGUAACCGGCUGUCCAAAGAUUUCCUUUUCGUUCUCUUUCUUUAGUAAGGCACAAAACGCUUUCUCUUCGGUGCUUGGAAUGCAAGGGAGAUUUUGCGAAUGUAAGCCUCUAAUGGAUAAUUUGGAAGCUCAGACUUAUGAGAUAUUUGAAAAGGAUGUUGUGAAGUAUACUCAGUAUCGAAGAGCAGUUUCUAAGGCCUUGGUUGAUAGGGUUGCAGAUGAUGCAGUCUCCGCAACUAGGACCGGUUAG